AUGGAGCAAACAAAUCUGCUGGAGAUAGUUCCAGAGCAACUUUUCCAGACAUAUUAUAUUAGUGAUAUAGACCAAGUGCAAAAGAAACUACAGUAUGAAAUUGAAAGAAAAAGAGAAGAAUUACGAGCUAUGGUGGGGGAAAGAUACAGAGAUCUUAUCCAUGCAGCAGAUACAAUUGAAGACAUGAGAGGGACAAUUGGAAGUACUUUGAGACAUAUCAAUGAAAUGAUUGUUGCUUGUAAAAACUUACAUGACACACACUUAGUAGGUUUUAAAAUAGAUGAAAGGCCCAUGCAAAGUCACAGUUUUCAGAUAAACCCAGUCCAAGUAAUAUCUGUUCAAAUAAAGCUAUUAAUGGAUAUACCAGAAAAGAUCUGGAAGUGUAUCAAUGCAAAUGACUUUGUGAAAGCUGCACAACUCUUUAUUAUGGCACGGCACAUCAACACAGGUCUACAACUUCAAAUAGGUGGUAAAGAUGUGAAGCCAGGAAUGCAAUCAUUGCAGAAAAUUGUUCAGCAGCAGUGGUACUCGGUAUCUAAUUUGAGUCAAACUAUUAUUGAAAUGUGCGAACAGAAGUUGCAAGAUGUUGACAUUAGUGUUGAGGUGGCAUGUUCAUGCCUUGUUGGACUGUAUCUUCUUGAUUCACAAACAAUGGUGCAAUUGUUAACCACAUUGAUAGACCUCCAUAGUAACUCCAGUCUGAAGUCCACUUUACAAUUUGAUCUCGCACAGAUAUUAGAUGGAGAUGUUAAAGCACAGAUUAAAAAGAAAAUUGUCAAUGGUGUAAAAAUUGUUUUGAAAACGGUGGAAUUAGUUUAUGCUUGCUUUGUAGAAAAUGAAGGUGGCGCUGUAUUAGAAAAGCUUAAAGAUUUGUAUGGAAAAGAUUCACAGCCUUUGCUAGAAUUGGUACAGUUCAGUGAUACUGCUGCAUUGAAAUUAUUACCGUCUGGUGUGACCACAUACAGGCUAUCAUCUAGCAAAGAUCUUCAGCCAUUAGCUAAAGAAGAAAUAACAAACAGCGUGCAAAAAUGGAGUGUUUGGGUCAAAUCAUUCAUUAAUGAAAACGUCCAAGCGUUGCUACAAAACGUCACAAGAAUUAAAGUAUUGCAUGAGAUUCGGGAAGAGACAUUCAAAAUUGAAUGCCCGUCAAAUUGGACCGCCAUAUGCAAUUCGUUGGACAUACCAGAAGUACACGUCUGGUGUCAUUAUUUCCAACCUCUUUUGACAUCUCGAACUAAAUCUAUCAUAGACAAUAGAUGGCAGAAACUCUAUGACACUUUCAAGACUCAGUUACUAGUGGACCUAACUAGGGUGUCUUCAGAAAGUGACGUGGAAAAAGAAGCAGAUAUAAAUUGGUUUGUCUGGAAAGACCUUAUCGGCGAUACUGUCAUAGAAUCGAGAAACGAAGUUGUUAAAGUUAUGAAUGGUUUAAUGAAAGGUAUGUCUCGUCAAGAUCGUGGCUUUACGCCAAAUUUGGAAAAACUCUGUCAAAGCUUAGAUGAUGAAUUACAGAAGCUUCUAGAAGAUUUAAAAGAAUAUUUAUAUCAUGAAAAAAAGAAGGACAAGCUAUUCUUAUAUGAUGAAGAAGAAAACUUAGACCAAGUGUACAUAGAUAGAGCUGAAAUAGAAGAAUACUUAAGAAAUACGUCUGAUAGAAAUAUUCACAAUAUGGUUAAUUACAUAAAAGCGUGCUUCGAAGAACAAACCCUGCAGUCGACGGAACUUCAAAGGAAAACAACGUCUAUAUAUUCAGCUCGUUUCCUUCAAGCAAUAACAUCCCUUAUGCCUAAUUUACGCAAGUGCUAUAUUAACGAUGCAGUGUUAUUAAAUGAUAACGCUAUUAAAAGCUGGAAAGACAUUAAUGCGGUUUUGAAAGAAAAUUGCCUAUUUUGUUGGACAAAAUGGCUGGAUUUAGUUCAAGAGAAGAUUGAUAAUUUAACGAAACGUUUGCCUCAAGAGUUCACUUUGGAAGCGAAUAUUGAUUACUUAAUGAUGCAAUGGGAUGUAAUAAAAAUCGAAGAAAAAGACGAAGAAGGCAACCCCAUAGAAUCAACCAUAAAGGUCCCUUGCGGACCUUCUUUAAAACUACAGGAAUACCUUUAUGCCAUAAGUCGGAUACUUGAUGAAAUAAUCCCCCAUACAUUACCUAUAGAGAUACAUUCAUUGUUCAUAGAGAGGACUAUUGCCAUCUCGCUCGCACACUACGAUAAAGUGAUACGAGAGAAAGAGACAGAUAUAAACCAAAGGUGUGCUCUUCAAUUGUUAAUGGAUGUCAGGCAUUUGACUUUACUAAUGGUCUCGAGAGAGAAUAAAAAAGCUAUGGAGAUGUCUCAUGAUAUUUGUGAGUUUUUAAGACAAAAAAUUGAUCCGUUUGAUUAUGAUGUGUUCUAUCCAUACAUUCAAACUAAUUUGAAGAGAUCGGUGCAAAGAGUUCAGACAUUACUAGGAAGUCUGAUCCUCCACCACGGUCAGCUAACCGGCAUCAUUGGUACCAAGCCCGUGCUCUCGGGAGGUAGUGGGGAUAAGGCAGCCUCUAUCCUGGCCGCCGCGGAUACGCACUGGUUCUCUAUCCUGCCGGUGGCGACCCCGGCCAACCUACACAAGAAGCAGGAUAAACCGGCCGAUCCGUUCGAUAUCUACGUAAAGAAGAAACCUGUAUCAGCCAGUCCAAAUAAAGCAAGAUCGGAUAUAACUGACCUAAUGACCAGCUCGUUGCCGAUCAACUUCGCUAAUGCCCGUUCUGGGGCCGCAUCCUUCUUUAACUCUAUUUCAUCUGAUUGGUUUAGUGGA